AUGACGAAGUUAACACUGAAACAACGUGUGAAGAUUGCUGAGGAGACAAAGAUGAACACGGAUUCUGUAGCUAUCACCAAGCCAAAACGGACUCGUAAAACUGUACCUCGUGACUCACCUCCUCGACGUAGCUCAAUUUACCGUGGCGUUACUAGGCAUCGAUGGACCGGAAGAUAUGAAGCUCAUUUAUGGGACAAGAACUGUUGGAACGAGUCUCAAAACAAGAAAGGCCGGCAAGUUUAUCUUGGUGCUUAUGACGAUGAAGAUGCUGCUGCUCACGCUUACGACUUAGCAGCACUCAAGUAUUGGGGUCCUGAUACCAUCUUAAACUUUCCGUUAAUGACAUACCAUGAGGAACUGAAACAAAUGGAAGGUCAGUCAAGGGAGGAAUAUAUUGGAUCCUUAAGAAGAAAAAGCAGCGGAUUUUCCCGAGGAGUUUCAAAAUAUAGAGGAGUUGCAAGGCACCAUCACAAUGGAAGAUGGGAAGCACGAAUAGGCCGAGUUUUUGGAAACAAAUAUCUUUAUCUCGGAACAUACGCCACACAAGAAGAAGCAGCGGUGGCGUAUGACAUGGCAGCAAUCGAGUACCGUGGACUUAAUGCGGUUACAAACUUUGACCUCAGUCGCUACAUCAAAUGGCUAAGGCCAGACAACAACACCACUACUAACGGACCACCAAACCCUAAUAUCGAUAUUAUUAAUGCUACUUUACCACCAAAAACUAACCAUGAGGACCCAGGACUAAAGUACCUCCCAAACCACCAUGAAAACCAACAACCUAAACCACCAUCACCCAUGAUAUCACCCACUGUUGAGACCACAAUGACAUAUUCCUCCCGGUCAACUACUGCCACCUCAGCCCUAGGACUCUUGCUACAAUCUUCUAAGUUCAAAGAGAUGAUGGAGAUGACUACCGCGGUCGAGUUCAACUCAACAUCUUCUGAUUCAACCGUUGCACCGCUAGGCAACAACAACUUCCCAGAGGAGAUUCAGACGCAUUUCGGGAGCGCGGAUUUUGGUGGUUACAAUGGUGGUGAUGAUUUUAUUUUUGGUGAUUUAAAUUUCAUGCAUAACAUGGUGCAUUCUGACUUUCACAAGUGAACACACACUCUAUGAUGCGCGAUCGAAUUACACGCCACCACCCCGGACCGCCAUUUGACCACCACAUAGUCCUACAGUGGUUCGACUUGGGAAAUUAGUGUAACUUACAUUGAUAUUUAUUUUUUUAUUUUUGCGUAUUUGCAUGUCAAAUCAUGAAUUUGCAUGUGAGUUAAUAAAAAUGGAACGUUUAGUACCCCAUUUAAAAAGAAAGUUCUUUUCUUUUGUGGAGAGGGAAAAAUCCAUUUACGUCAUUAAUUUCUGUUGGCAUUUUUUGUAGAUAGAACAAAAAUAGAAAAAAAGUUGUAAUUUAUCAUUCCUAUGAUCCUAUCUAUUGAUAAUAAAAUUUAUAUUCAUGCU